ACACACACACAAAUACAACAUCUAACCCCAAUAGGGUCCAGCAACUUAACCAUGGAUUAGAACCAGGGUUAAAAAAACAAGUGGUUAAGAAGGACAACCACAAAACACAGAUUUUUAUUAUCAACAGUCUUCACUGCUCAUCACCACCACCAUCAUCAUCAUCAUCUUCCUUCUCCUCUUUUUUAUUCUUCUUCUUCUUCUUCUUCUACCCCCCAAAACCAAAACCCAAAGGGGAAAAAAAAAAAAAAAAAAAAAACCCAUCUUGGUCUUUCAAUAAGUCCACCUAACCUUUCAUUUCUCUUCAAUAUAUGCUAAUCUUAGUAUCACCCAAACUUCCAUGAAUAGACAAAGUUCUAAUCUUUACAGAAACCAAAACCUAACAACAACUUCUUAAAAGCUGUUUUCUUUUUCUUUUCUGAUUUAAUUUUAAAAUUUUUUUUUAUGACCCCUAGAUGUUAGAGCCAUGGACUUAACCCCUACAAUCAUCACCGCCAACAACAACACCGGCAUCAAUAAUACUACAGCCAAAUCCCCAGAAGCUGAUAGUGAAACACCAACCCGGAUUCAACCUUCAAAGCCUCUAUCUUUCUCAAAUGGUGUACUCAAGCGCCACAAUCCUCAUCACCAUCACCAUCAUCAACAUCACUUUACAAGUCCACAACUUGUUGUUACCUACAGAGAAUGCCUUAAAAACCAUGCAGCUUCUUUAGGAGGCCAUGCUUUAGAUGGGUGUGGUGAGUUUAUGCCUUCACAAUCAGCCACCCCAGCUGACCCAACUUCACUCAAAUGUGCUGCUUGUGGUUGCCAUAGAAAUUUCCAUCGCAGAGAGCCUGAUGACCCAAUUCCAACUUCACAAACCACUCAUGUAAUUGAGUAUCAACCUCACCAUCGCCACCACCCUCCACCGCCACCACUACCACCACAAUCACAACCACAGUUACCUUCAAAUAGAAGCCCCAAUUCAGCUUCACCACCACCAAUUUCAUCUUCCUAUUUCCCCUCCUCAGCACCGCACAUGCUUUUAGCUCUAUCUGGGGGUUUAUCUGCUCCACCAGAUACCCCAACUGGGCAUAAUAAUGCUAUACUGACACCAAGCCCCAAUGCAAGGAAGAGAUUCAGGACCAAGUUCAGCCAGGAUCAGAAAGAGAAGAUGCACCAGUUUGCUGAAAGAGUUGGAUGGAAGAUGCAAAAGAGAGAUGAGGAAUUGGUGCAAGAGUUUUGCAAUGAAGUUGGGGUUGAUAAGGGUGUGUUAAAGGUUUGGAUGCACAACAAUAAGAACACUUUUGGGAAGAGAGAUGUGAAUGGUGGCGGUGCUGGGAACAGUAACAACAUUCUUGAACACACCCACAAUGGCAACAACAUCAGCAACAAUGAAAACAACAACAGCAACAACAAUAGCAACCUUGGAGAGAAUCUGAAUCACUACCAGAGUGAUAGUGGAGCUCAUGGUGGUGCUACUAAUGGGUCAUCUUCAUCUUCUUGAUCUUUGAUGGAAUAAUAAGGAGGUAUUAGAUAGAGUAAAAAAAGACUUGGGUUAUUAAUUAAUUCUAGUUGCUUUCUUUCUUGCUCAGUUUAAUUGUUCUUUUUUGUUAGUUUAAUUUUAAUGAGAUGAUGAUCACUUUGUUGAGGAUAGCAUGGGAGAGUUCUAGAUUGAACCAAAAAAGGGAAUUUUUAUUUGGUUUAUUUAAUUCUUCUUUUUGGCUCAUGAAGAACUUUAGCUAUUUUAUAUAUUUAUUUUUUAAAGUUCAUUUGCA